UGUUCGUUGGGUGUCCCCCCCUUGAGGGCCCCCCCCAAAAUGCUCUUCUGGCACGGCCAACCCGACCACUACUGGUCCAGCGCCGGGGACAUGUACCCCCUCCCCCCUUCUGGGGUGCUCAGGGACCCCCCCGUCCUGCCCUACCUGAAGCAGGAGGAGCCCAACGGCAUCUCCACGUCCCAGCCGGAAUUCCCGGCGUUCCAGUACAUCCUGUGCGCCCCCACCUCCCCCGCCGUGCGGCACCACGAGGAGACCCUCACCUACCUCAACCAGGGGCAGUCGUACGAGAUCCGCAUGGUGGGGACCCCCCGGGGGGACCCCGCGGAGGGGCGGAGGAUGGUCAAGGUGAGUCGGGGUGGGGACCCCCAGGACGGGGAGGGACGUGGGGAGGCUCGGGGCAGAGCUCCGGGCUGCAGUCCCGGUUCGGCUGUGCCAGAGCCCCCGGAUCCGGGGUCCCGGGGGUCCCUGGGCCGCCCUCACCCCCCGGCACAGCCCAAGGGGGCCGAUAGGAAGCUGAAGACGGACCGGGAAAAGGUGGAGAAGCAGCCGCCGCCGGAGCGGGAGAAAUUCCAGCCGUCCUACGAGAGCACCGUGCUGGCCGAGUGCGCCCCGUGGCCGGACGCGCUGGGUGCCCCCCACAGCCCCCCGGGCACCCCGGGACUGCCGACCCCGCACCCCUUCAAGCUGCUGAGCCCCGAGAGGGGGUGUGCGUCGCCCGCCUGCGCUGCCGAGGGACCCGCCGAGAGUCCCGGCGAGGCGCUGAGUCCCUGCGCAUCCCCCCUGGAGACGCAGCAGUGGCUCCUCCGGCGCCGCUUCUCCGCCUGCGCCCGCGUGUUCGCCAACUUCACGGGCGCCGACCUGCUGAAGCUCUCCCGGAGGGACCUGAUCCAGAUCUGCGGGGCCCCCGACGGCAUCCGCCUGUGCCACGCGCUGGCGGGCAGGUGCCCGCGGCCCCGGCUGACCCUCUACGUGGCGCGGGAACCCGGCGGGGCCGAGGGUGCGGAGGACGGGGGGUCAGGGCUGUACCAGGAGCUGCACCUGGAGCAGCUGACGGUGGCCGAGCUCACCGGGAAGCUCGCGGAGCUCCUGGGGCUCCCCCCGGGCCAGAUCCUGCGGGUCUCCCGGCAGGGACCCUCCGGCAUCCACGUCCUCGUCAGCGACGCGAUGCUCAGGACCCUCCAGGACGAGACCAGUUUCGUGGUGGCGAUCGCCAAAGCCCCCGGCCCCGAGGGCUUCGAGCUGCUGCUGCGGUAGGACCCGGCCCCGGAGCUGCGGGAGCCCGGGAAGGGACAAAUCCCAGCGGAGCGGAGCUGGAGCCGUGCCGGGAGGGAGAGAGGAACCCCGGGAUGGAGAGCAGAGCCCUGGAAUGGGGAGGGGAGCCCGGCAUGGAGGGUGACCUCAUCCCUGUGGGGCCUGCGGGGGUUUGGCAUCCCCCCACCUCAGCUACAUAUAUUAUAAAUCUAUAUCUACACCUUUACUUGCAGUUAAUGCAUUAUUACACCCCCAGCGUCCAGGAAAGCACAGAUCACACCAUUAAAACAACAUUUCCCAGCUCUCUGCACCACAGACCUGAGGGAGCACCAGGACAGGGCUCAGCUCCUGCGCCCAGUCCCUCAAACUGAGCCCCCCCCCCGAGGAAAAAAUGGGUUAAAAACCCCGACUGGGACAGAGCUGGAGUUGGGAAGGGGGGAGGGAUUUGCACAGAGGAGGGAAAGAGGCUUCUCCUCGAUUUUCUCCAUUAUUUUGCUCCCCCUAAGCUGCAGCACGAGGAGCCUCUGCCAGGAUUUGGCACAGAGGGAGGGAGGACAGAAACCUUGAGAUGGAAAAUAAAGCUAAAGGCAAUAACCCCCCCUACCAAAAAACCCACCCCUCAAUACCACACAAUUCUUCACCAGAAGAGGCCAAAAUGUUUUAAACCUCAUUUUUCAGGACACUGUCACCAAGAACUUGUGAACAAGCCGAGAACUUUGUCACACUGACACCCCUCCGUCCAAAAAAAAAAACCAAACCCAAAAUCAACCCAAACCCCACGACACCAUGGGCCAGCCACGAGCAACACAAACAAAAUAAAAAUACAAAGGGAAUUACAGGUUUAGAAAAGAGG